AGAAGGACGUUACCUUCAGUGGGUUAGCUUGUCACAACGGUCUCGACAUUUCUACAUUUGUCUUCGCCUAAAACAGCAUUUUCACCUGUGAACGUUUUACUUCUUCUCUUUGUGAAGCGACUGUGCGCUUUAUUUAACACAGCUCCGUGUUUGAUUUAAGGAAACGCCCUGAGCGUUUCUCCUCCCAUCAUGUCUCACAACUACCCGUACAGGCGGCCGCCGUCUGACUCCAAUCGCAGACCUGACCCCGGACUGUAUGGCUCAGCAGACCGCCGUCAAGUCUCAUCAGACAACGACUUUUACAGGCCGCCUCAGGACUCCUUCGCCUCGUCCCACCCGUCCUCCUCCUCCUCCUCGUCCUCUAGAGGAGCUCAGUGGACCCAGGAUGGCGCUCUCGGCAUCCUGAACAGCUGUGGUCUGGAGCCAGGUGACCUGGCUCUGCUGGCUGAGCUACCUGAAGACGUCCUCACUAUCGAGUCCCUGCCUCAAGUCCUCAAACAGAUAAAAGGAAAGAGGGCCACCAUCAGACCUUUUCCUCCCAAUGCUCCAUCUCCUCCUUCCUCCUCCUCCUCUUCGUCUUAUCUCCCCAGCUCCUCCCGUCGACUUGCUCUCAGCCCUUCCACCGGCGACUGGGAUCCCCACAGCCAGCCGCUUCAGUACCCUUUGGACCACGUGACACCAGAUCCUCUUUCUUCUGAGCUGGACCGCUGGGGGAAUCCCAGGACCUGCGGCUCUGUCAGAACAGACCCACCCUUGUCAUCAUCGUCCUCCAGCUAUGUUGUGGACUUCCACCACAGACCAGGACCUUCUGAGUAUGGUAAGACAGGCAGAGAUGCCGGUCCAGUUUCCUCUCGGGACUACAACCAUAGACCAGCAUCCUCUGAUUUUGGCAAGACAGCCAGAGACUCCGCUCCAGUGUCCCCUCAGGACUACAGCUACAGACCAGGCACCUUAGAGUAUUCUAAGACGAGCAGAGACUCCACUCCAGUGUCCUUACUGGACUACAACCACAGACAAGGACCCUCUGAUUAUGGCAACACGAGCAGAGACUCCGGUCCAGUUUCCUCUCAGGACUACGACCUCAGACCAGGACUCUCUGACUAUGGUAAGACAGGCAGAGAUACCGGUCCAGAACGACCCUCUUUCAGCUCAGCAGGAAGAAACAAAAGAACUCGUCCUUCCCGUUUCUCUCAGCCGGAACCAGCCGAUCACAGGUCAGCUCCUCCGCCUAAAGAGCUCCAUCCAAAAACUCAAGUUGGGCACCAGUCUGAGACCUCGUCCACCUGGAGCAACAGCAGCUGGUCCGCCGCCUUGAUGCCCUCCAAGAAAAAAGCAAUGGACUUUCACGGGACAUCUCCGACAACGUUCCCGUACUCAUGCUCUCUGUGUGAUAUCACUGUGAUGUCAGAGAAGGUGUGGAUUAAACAUAUAAAUGGGCCUCAUCAUGCGGACGGACAGCUCACCCUGCUGCAACAGUUUCCUAACUGGGACUGUCGCAUGGAGACAGUCAUCAGGGUGGAAGACCAAUCAGAGAAGAAGAAAGAUGAAGAACAACCCACCCGGCAGACAGCCAAUCAGAGCUCUAAUAAGCCACAGCCUAAUUUAAAAGUAGAGAAGAAGACUGCAGACAAAAGUAAAGUGGUGUGUGUCAAGUUUCCGGCUCAGUCUGUGGACGAGGCGUACCUGAGGAAACUGACCGAACCGUUCGGGAAGGUCGUCAAGAUCCUUAUGUUCCCAUCUUUAGCAUUUGUGGAGCUGGGCUCCAUCGAUCAGGCGAAGGACUUGGUGAAGUUCCACACAAACUAUCCUCCAACUGUGAACGGAGAGCAGAUGGAGUUCAGGAUCUCAAAGACCUUUAACUUUCUCCAGAGUUCUCGGGUGGUGAGUUUCACUCCAGCUCCAAUAGGAGAGGACAGCCAAUCAGAUCUGAUAAGCAUCAUCAAACGCUUCGGCUCGCCACUCUACACUUUGUUCCUGCCGUCCAAGGCGUUUGUAGAGAUGAAAAAUACACCUGAUGCUCAGAAGCUGGUGGAUUAUUACUCCUCCAAAAACCUGAGGAUCAACAAUGAGGUCAUCCAGGUUUCCUUCUCUGGAGAAUACAAGAGCCUCAUGCGAGUCACUUCAGCAAAGAAAUUCGAAGAGGAAACAAGUUCGACCAAGAGGUCAAGGAGUUCGAGCCGAGAGAAGGAAGACAAGACAACAGAGACCAAGAGGAGGAGGAGCAGUAAAGACCGAGAGGAGGAGGGAGAGAAAUCCAGCAGAGACAAGAGGACCAGGUCCAGAUCAAGAGAAAAUGAUGAGAAAAGGACCAGAACAAAGUCCAGGUCCAGAGAAAGAUCCGGCAGAGACAAGAGGACCAGAACCAGGUCUAAAUCCAGGGAAAAGUCCACCAAAGAGAAAAGCUCCAGAACCAGAUCCAGGUCCAAAGAGAAAUCUAAAGAAAACUCCAGAGAGAGGAGGUCCAGGUCUAAAUCCAGGUCCAGAGAUAAAUCCAGCAAAGAAAAGAUGACAACCAGGUCUAAAUCCAGAGAAAAAUCCAUUAAAGAGGAAAACACCAGAUCCAGAUCCAGAUCCAGAGAUAAAUCCAGCAACGGGUCCAGAGUAAAGUUGGAGGCACCAGUGAAAACUGAGACACCUGACUCUGAGUCCAGGACUGAUCCUGAUCCAGCGCCUGUCAAAGACAUCAAACCUAAAGCUGAAGUAAAAGAAGAGCCUGGAGAGGAAGCAGAGUCGUCUGCAGACGAAAGCGACAUCGAGGGGAUGGAGGUGAUCGGAGAGGAUGGAGAGAGUCUGGAGGGUGAAGACCUGGAAACUCUGGAUGACACUGAUGCAGAGGAGGAGGAGGAGAACAAGGAAGAAGACAAGGUGGAGGGAAGCGACUGUCCUGCAGAGAAUACAGACUCACGUGAAGAAGAUAAUGAGGUGAAAGUGAAGAAUGAAGAGGCUGGUGAUCAGGAGAUAGAAAUAAAGCAGGAGAAGAUGGAGAAGGAGAAACCUAUAAAUGAAAAAAAGGGAGAAGAGGUAUCCAUGAAGACGGAGAGGGAGAAACCCAUAAAUGAAAGAGAGGGACAGGAGGAAUCCAUGAAGAAGGAGGAGAAAGAGUCGGAAUCCAGCAGAGGAGCAGAGGAGACUCAGCCGGAGGAGGACAAGGAAGAACGAGAUUUCCCAGUAGACCUGGAGAACUGCAUCACUCUAGAUGAACUGGGAGAAGACCAGUCUGACGACCAAGAUGAAAAAGUCAGAGAUGAACCCAAAUCUUCGUCCUACCGAGUGGUUUACUUCGACCACCUCCCGGAGACUCACUUCAGUGACCUCGACUUCUUCAAGUUGGUGAAAGAUUUUGGGACGCCGGUGCGCUAUUUCCGAGUCCCUGGACGCCAAAAGGGUUUCAUUGAGAUGUCGACUUCUGCAGAGGCUCUGAGAGCUGUGAAUGAGCUGUCCUCUAAAUCUCUCACCAUCAAUGGCUCCAAAAUCUACAUCAACAUCUCCAACAGAUACAUGAAACUGUCCAACGGGCGGUCAGUUCAGAUGGCCAUGGACAAAGAGAAGAGGAGGAGUGAGAGGUAUAACAGGGACGAGUCUGAGGAGAGGAGGGAGUCCUCGAGGAAGACUCCAGAGAAAAAGUCAACAUCUAAAAAGACUCCAGAGAAAGAUUCCAAGUCUAGAAAGACUCCAGAGGAGUCGGUGUCCAAAGUGGCCAAUAAGAAAUCUUCAGAAAAGGAGUCUGCAUCCAGAAGUUCUCCAGAAAAGAAGCCAGAAAGGGACUCAGCUGUCAAAAACGGGUCAGAAAAGAUCUCCAGGACAACACCAGAGAAAGAGUCAGCCAAUAAAAAGACUUCAGAAAAGGAGUCAAAAAAGACUGAAGAGAAGAAGGACUCAGCUGAGGAGGAGUCCACUGCUAAAAAAGCUCCGGAAAAAGAGUCUCUGUCUAGAACGCGUUCAGGAAACAAUACACUAAAAAGAAAAGGGACUCAUGAGAACGAGUCUGUGCCUGAAAAGACAGAGAAGAAGACAGAUCCCACAAGUGAUGAGACUCUGAUAAGACAGGAGCUGGAGGAGGAAGAAAAGUUAGAGAUCCAUGACAAAGAAGGAUCAGCAGAGAAGACUCCAGAGACGGAAGAGUGUAAAGACAAAAAGAAAGCUGCUGAUGAUCAGCUGCAGGACUCAGAGGCAACGCUCCAAGUGCAACAACAGCCUGAACCUGCAGGGGGCGCUGCAGAACUGCAGACACCCACCAAACCUGUUGGCACAGAGUUUGUCCGACCGGUCGUCGGUUACUUCUGUAACUUGUGUCAGCUGAUCUACGCUGACGAGGACGAAGCCAAAGUGCAGCACUGCAGCACCCUGACGCACUACAGGAAGUACCAGGAGAAGACGGGCAAAGAUCCGUGGGCGAGCUGAGCACCUGAAGGUGAACCAACACCUCAAGAAACACCAGACUGAACACACAUGAACACUUGAACUCAUUUAUUAUUCAGAUUUAUUUACACUUUGGAUGAAUUUGUACUUAGUUUUCAAUUUUAACUAGAAAUCUUUCUUCUUUCUGUUCCUGCUCAAACAUUUGCUCUUUAAGAGUUGUUUUAAUUUAGUUUUUCUGUAAAAGAUUCAGUGUUUUGCUAAAGGACACUACAGCAGGGUUUGAAACCUGCUAUGGAAACACUGGGGACACGUUAUUCCUGUUAGUCAGCUGAAAGUGAAAAUAUACACUGAAGCAGCUACUUUGUAAUUCCAGAAGUUUUGUUCAUUUAUUUUUAUUUUGAAGGACUGUAAAAUGAGAUUUCACUUAAAAACAACCAACUCAUAUUUUCGGAAACUAGUUUAUUUUACAAAACAUAAACAACAAAAAUUCAGAAAACAAAGUUCAACACAAAGUUUGUUGUCUGUGAGGGUGUUCAUUUGUAAAAUUUAAAGUUUAUAACUAACUAAACACAAAAACUGAAAAGUAAAAUCCAGUCUGUGUCGGACCUUUUCCCUAACCAACAGUGUAUCCAUCCCCCAGUGUGCCAGUGUGAGUAGAAGAAGAGCAUUUCCCAAAAAUGUUGAAACUCUUCCUUUAAUCAAAGACGUUCCAUGUAAAGAGUUGUUGGUGUGUGAUGUAAUCAUUCCUCCUGUUCAUGUUUCACUGAUUCAUCUUUUUAUUUUAGUGACUGUUUGGUUACAAAAUGGUGAAAAAUGCCCUAAACCCAAAUAUUAAAUUGGUUUCAAACUUAAACUUUUAGUCAAUCAAGAGAAUUCAUUAAACGACUAAUACUUAGAAUAAAUUCCAGCAUCUAAAAUGCAAAUUUUUGCUGGUUUCAUUUUGUUAGACAAAAGAUUAAAACGACUAUGACUCAGAUUGAUUUACAAAUUUUUACAUUUUAUGGAUCAAACAAUCAAUGAUGAAAUUAAAUGCCGUCUAGAAUCAGUCUAUGAG